AUGGGUGGAGGAGUCAUGAGGACGGCGGCGAAGGCGGCGAAGGUAGCGUCCAGCGCCGCCCAUGCUCCCUGGGUCGAUCACGCGGCGGCGGCGGCGGCGGCGUGCAGGUCCUCUAGGGCGCCGGUGGCGGCGGUGUCUGUGGCGGGGCAGGCCGCCGCCACCGCAGAGGGGAUGAAGUCGUCCUCCGCCUCUCCAGGCGACAACGGCGCCGUGGCAGCGAAGAGGGGACCGUCGAUGGUCGACGAUUGGGAGUUCGCCGGCGGCAUGGAGGAGGAGCUCUCUGAGCGCCCGGCGCCGCUGAGGCUCGUGUUCGGGCCCGUCCCGACUCUGGAGGAGGCCAAAGAAGCGACGGCGGAUCUGAAGAACGCCCUCGAUCAGUGAGCCCCUCCGAUUGCAGACGAGUUGAUUUCGAUUUCCUGGAAUUCUUCUCUCGGCUCGCCCAUAUCUAUCAUUUUGUUCCUCACAUCAAACACCAUGGGCUCGAUCACGUCAGCUAAAUUUUAUUUUAUUAUUCGUAUGGGACAAAAAUAUAGAAUAUUUGCUAAAUCUUAGUCCCAGAUGCACUCCACCCUCUCGAUAAAUUGGGCAAAAAAUUGGGAGUAAUUUAAUAAGUUUUCAACCCAAACUCUAUCCUCAUCCUGUUUCCCAGCCGAAGCGAUGCCUCGUUGACUUGAAGCACCGUGGAGAUUUAUUUAUUCAUUUGUUUGUUCGUAUAUGCCGCAUAGUCCGUGACUGAAUCACGUUGACUCUGCGCUUGCUGUUGUUGCUCCCAGGGUAUACUUCUCCUCUGCUGCUGCUGGCUUCGACAGCUCAGCAGUACACGCCAUGUCAGCCUCAUCAGGCUCCAGCUGUGUGGAGAGUUUGGAUGCGAAGAAGGCAUUGGUGGGAGUCUUACCUUCUUGCCCGAAUCAUGUCGUCCAGGCAUUUUCCUUUCUGCAAGCGAGCCCGCAAGCCCAGGUUGAUACGAUAUACAAUAGUACUUUGAAGUGUUUAUUUAUAAUUUAUCAUGACGGGUUUUGUGUGAAUUUCCUUCAUUUAUUUAUUUAUCACAAAUAUCUGUUAUUCUUAUUUGGAACUGCUGCGUUUGUAUUCGCAUCUGUGCCCGCCAGAUCAUACAUAUCGAUAUGCCGUGAUAUCCAAAAAAUAAACCACAUCUGUUGACUUUCAGUCAGGACUUUGGCUUGAGUGUUGACUUUUGGGUGCCUAAUCUAGUUGCACCUCAUUUAGUGAAUCUUUCCAUAGCUCCCCUUCUGAGUGGAGAAAUCUGCAGACUCUGAAAUUGUCAGCCCUCUGAAGAUUUUAGUGAAUGCUGGAAAUGGCUGUUAUUAGGCUAUUGUUGCCAUAAUCAGAACUCAAGUUCAUCGAAUCUUCUUAAUCGGGAAGGCAGAGAUAAGGUGCCUGAUAUCAUGAAUGGCUCUGCAUAUUUCCCCAGUCUUUCAGGAAGUAAAUUUUGAGAAAACAUAUUUUUUUUGAGCAUUUAAACCUUUUGGAUGAUAAAAUCUAUGGUUGACUAUCCUCUUAUCAUAUUAACGUUUGUGUUUCAGGCUAGGUUUUUUUAUCAUUUAUAGGAAACUUCAUAAUUAAGAAAUUUAAUAUUUUAGGAUUUUAACAUAUCUCUAGAUAUUUUCCUCUUUUUUGAUAAUUUUCUAAAUUAUUCAUUGGCUGAGCCUAUUAAUUCGGACAAUAAUUGUCGUUUAUAUCUCAUGUAGGACGUUGUUGCCUCUCUCGCCUGUGAUAAGAAUAUUUGGGAUGCUGUGAUGAAGAAUGAGAUGGUCAUGGAGUUCUACAAGACCCACCAAAUCAGUGAGUACCUCUCUCUCUCUCUCUCUCUCUCUCUAUAUAUAUAUAUAUAUCAUUUUCCACAGCCGAUUGUUUAUAAAUUCAGUUGAUCUCAUAGAUCUGAUAUUUCCCUGCCUUCUUUCUGCAGAUUCUCCUCCAGAGGAGCCCAAAAAUGGUAUCUCUAUUGACUGAGAUUGCCUGGAAGCCCGAGGAAGAUGUUACCAAGAUCUGAUCUCUCUCUGUUUUCUUCAUGCAGAGACCGCCGUUGACUCUUUGGAAUCUGUCGAAGAUCUGAAUCUCAACAGUGGUAGUCCUAUUGGAGAAGAAGCCCCUGAACGGAGCCCAGGGGACGGGCUUAAGGGUUUUGUGGAGUUCAUCAAGGUGAAGUUCGAAGAGAUGACCAAUAGGCUUUCUGGGUUCGUGAAAGAUUUCAUGGUGGCAGCUGGAGCAGGUGACUCCUCCCCUGCCACUGCCACCGCCACCAAGACCACUGGCAGUGCCGGCACUGCUGCUGACAUCAACUUGUCCCUUGGUGCCUCCUUCCUUGCAUUAGCGGUUGCAGCAAUCUUGACUAUCCUCUUCAAGAGGGGUUGA